AUGUCGCCUCGUCACGCAUCCUUGCGAUUCAGUCAGACGCCGCUAUUUGAACCACCGAGGUCCGAGUACGGAGAUAGCAUGAGCGACGCAUGGGGAUUACUUGAGACAGAAGAACCCGUGGAUACAGAAUUCAAGGGUACAGAUAACCCUGAACCGGACGACCCGCACGAAGACGACAAUAUCGAUCCGGAGAGGGACGAUAAUGAAAGCAUAGACUCCAAGUACGGCGAAAGGGUAGUUUCAGAGCUGGAUUACGUACAGGCAGAUAUUCUCGAGUAUAUCGAAAGGGAAUAUCUGGAGCAGGUUGACAAGGAAGAGGACGUUUUGGAGGAUAACAAUGAUAAGGUUCAGAAGGAUACUGGUAGGGAGGAUUCGUUUCGCAAGGAUAUUACAGUCUAA